AUGCCCGCAGUCGUCGAUCUACUCGAUCGCUGGAACCAGUCCACUGAUACCGCAGGGCUAAUACGCUCAAUUGCGGACGACAUAUUGCGCUCCACCACGUCUCCAAUCGACGUCACCGCCAUGAGAAGUGUCUCGGCGUUUUGCAGCCUGCACCACGGCAAGAAUCUCCGACUGGAAAUCCUCGGGCUCAUCUACAACAUUGGGGCCCGCUCAUGCAUGUACGAUCUGUACCACAGCGAUUCCGAUCGUGAGGCUUUUGUACAUGACAUGUAUCGUUGUAGCAACGAGGCCAUCCGCCUGGCCCAUGCUAUCCUGCCGGAGAUUACCGACUCCCUCGCCUGGCUGGAGCACGAGAAUCUGCUCUUGACCAAUCCGCUACGCGGAGACAUCGGCUCCGUAACUUGGAGCCGACUAGGCGAGCUCUCCAGCGACGUCCUAGCCUUGGACGCCCACCGCGAAUCCUCCUACGCCAAACUUCCCUUUUUCCUGGCCCAGUCUCGCCGAAGAUUAUAUGCCGCCGUGUUCCACCAAGACAAGCUUCUCGCUACCCUGAUGGAGCGUCCGCCGCGAAUCUCCAAGCGCUACUCGGAUUGUCAGCUGCCUCUCCAUCUGACGGAUACCGAGAUGCUUACCGAUGACCCCGCGGAGAUCGAGAAGCUACUCCAAACCCUCACAAGUGACGGAUGGAGCUUGGAACGCAAAUUCUGCAGCUCUGGUUGGCUGCGGCUACGCUGCAAUGUGGCCGUGGUUCGUGAGGAAGUUCUCGAGUAUCCAUUCCAGCCAUCUUCGCCCGAGCAGAUUGACAGGCUAAAAGUACUCGUUCGGCAGAACCAGGAGCAAUAUCUAGCCCUGCCCGUCCAUCUACAGUACACCCCUGCAUGUUGGGACUCUGGAAUCAGGGCCCCCACGUGCUUCCUGUUGACAGCAUCGUAUCUUUCGUAUCGACAACUCGACUUUCAGAUCUAUCGGCUACUGGAGAAGCACGAUGCCGAUGCAUUACUCUCCCUGCUUCUGGUGUCGGAAGACAUCAUCGCCACCGUCAUGAACGUGGGCACGCUUCGUACACGUGCAACCUUCUUGGCCCAAGACUUCGAAUUUCUGAUCCUAGCAUACGGCCUCCCAAGCGCCGCAGUCCUCGCCACAGCCCUCGAACAUGCCGCCAUCCCUCGCACUCCCGAUCUCCCCGCUCGACUCAGCCGCUCCGCCCUCAUCCGCAAACUCACCGUCUUCGUAUCCAUGCUCGAAAGCCUGCAAGGGCUCGUCGGCAUGCGCAAAGCCCUGUGCGAAGAGUCGUCCAGAUCGAUUUCCGGUACGCUGGAUCGAGUGCUGGAUGCGGCUUCCGAUCUUGGGCGUUCGGAGUCGGCUCCUACUCCAGCUUCUCAGAACUACUAUCCCGGAACACAUUCUGGGCAGCCUAUGAUUGCGGGUGCGUUUGGCGCGGAUAUGGGCGAGGCGGGGAUGGAGGCGCUUUUCCCGAAUGGCAAGGAUGGGUUUGAGUUGUUCGAUCUGCCGGAUUGGGCGAGUAAUGUGGACUGGGCUAAUAUGGGCGGCGACUGGAUGAGUUUAUGA